AUGUUCGCUCUUCUUGUAAUCGUACUGUUCGCACCAGCACACUUGUAUGCUCUCCUGCAUCAUCUCGCAGUUGGUACCACGAACGGACAGGCUUUGUACUCGCUGGAGUUAGAUGAUGAAUCCAGGAUGAUAUAUGCUAUCCAGGCGAGAGACGCGAGUGGACCGUCGCCGUCUCUGGCUCUCGACCGUUCAAAGCAGCACCUCUUCAGCAGCCGUCCGAAAGAUGGGACUCUGACCCGCCAUUCCAUCGCCCCAACAUAUGAGCUUAUUAGCGAGGGAACUAUGGAAAUACCAGCAUCUUGUAACACUACUAGCUUUGAAUCCCUCAAGCUGAGCUCUUCGACUCAGAAUACGGCGAUAUGGGGCACCGCUAGUACUGGUACCUGCAGCAUUGUAUUUGGUCUGACGCCAGACGGUUACGAAACCCUACGCUCCCAAGAAAUCGCCGGUGAUGUGCACUCUAUCGCUUGGAGUCCUAGCGGUCGCAAUUUGCACGCGCUCGACUCACAUAGUUCCCAGCAGCUUUCGACAUCAAUUUCUAACUUUCGCAUAUCUGAGGACCCAAAUCUGCAGGACGUGGUUGGUGUUGACAUCCUUGGUAAUGUCACGAACGCUUCGCAGAUUGUCGCGCACCCCACAGAGACCUUGAUGUAUAUCGCUACCAAGGAUGCAAAUGAGCUAGUCGUCUUAUCGUUGGCAGGUGACACUCUUGUGGACAACUCUACUGUUGUCCUACGAUACAGGUUGCUACCGUCUUCUCUAGAUUCGACAGAGUUUCAUACCACAUCCCUGGCUAUUUCCGCCUCCAAAAGCACUCUGUGGACACUUUCAGAGUCAUCUCGCCAAGCGGUCAUCACAUCUUUUACUCUCGACGUCACAACAGGCGAGGUAAUAGAUGUCGCUGCGCGAGCUAGCUGGCAGGGAGUUGGCGAAGGUCAGCUUACAGCAGCACCGUUCACUGGUGGGGAUGUGAUCGCCAUCGCAAACUCUCCAACUGGGUAUAUCACGGUACUUGGUCUCGACCGAUCCGUGUUCGAUACCGCCGAUGUCGUCCAGGAUCCUGCCACCCACAAUUACUUACGUCCAAUGAUUUUUGAGAACGAAGAAAACAAAAGCCUGCACAUAGCUGCAUCAAAAAUCAAAAGCUACGGCCGUGCUCUCAUUGACGAUUACAUCAGCUUGGGUGAAAGUAUUUGGAUCGACUAA